AUGGACCGCGAUCCUCUGCACGACAGCGUCUUGGAAGACGCCACUGCAGCCGAAGACGACGAUGAGGAGGGUGCCGAGAGUGACCAAGGGUCGGUGCCCACAUCUCCAAUGACGGCGGCGGAACGGGAUCACCCACCGACCACGAUCCCGCCCGGUAUGCCGCCGAAUGGACCGCUCCCACCGCAGCCAGUCAAUGUCCCGCUCAACAUGGCCUACUUCAGAGCCAGGAGGAUGGAGCCCAGUGCAGGAUCGACCUCAGCCUCAGCCGGAGUGGACUCUACGGGAGCAGGUACGGCGAGGCCAACAGGGGCCCCACCGGGGGAAGCCGAAGGUACACCGAGCAGUUUAGCGGCCAACAUCCUUCACCAUCUCCAGUUGACUGGACCGGCCACGCCGGCAGAAGAGUACGUACUUCCGAGGACAGAUCCACGGGACCUUCGCAAUGCCCUCUUCGAUCUGCCGGACCGCCGCGGCUCCUCGCAUGAUACUGCUGAGGGCGCUCAUGGAGUUUCUGCUGAAGGUGGAGUGGAAGGGGAUCAAGAGUCUGAAGGACAUACCACGGACCCGAACGCCUCGGACAGUGUUCAGGACCGUGCCACUGUGCCGCCUCCCUCCGACAACCUGGCAGCGACUUCUAUCACUUCCACACUGCCCCCUCUAGAAGGCCAUCCGCACCACGCAGAUCUGGCAGGAGCAGUGCCCAACGACACCGACACGCUGUACGAAUCGGAGGACGGGCUGGUUUGCUUUGACCUGGGGUUGGCAACAGCAUGCUUACGUGAAACUCGCGAGUGGCUCAGUAUGUAUCGGGAGGAUGCUCGUGGCUCAGGGACGUCCCGCAAUGCCGAAAGAUCGAGAUCACGCUCUCGUCCCGGCAGCCUGCUCCAGAUCCAGACCCUCACAACAGGUGGGCACACCAGGACCUGA